AUGAAAUAUGCAAUUAUUGAUGCCGGCGGUAGACAAAUAUGGAUUGAAGCAGGCAAAUUUUAUGACCUAAAUUACAUUAAAGGGGAACCUGGAGAUAUUGUACUCUUAAAUAGAGUAUUAUUAAUGAAUACACAAGGAAAUAUAAAAAUUGGAAAUCCUUGUAUAAAAUCAAUACAAAUAAAAGCAAAAAUUUUAAAACAUAUAAAGGGAAAAAAAGUUACUGUCUUCAAAAUGAAGCCUAAAAAAAAUUCUCGAUCUAAGCAAGGACACAGGCAAAAAUUAACAAGGCUUUUAAUAGAAGACAUACCAAUUUAA